CUUUCUCAGUGGACACGUAAAAGGUUUCUUCAGUGGAUUGCCGCAGAGUUUUUCUUGUUGCACAAAAAUGCUUAAUUUAUUAGUUUUUUGUCCAAAUUCGUGAUUAUAUUUUGUAUUUCCUAACAGAUAAAGUUGCCACUGUUUAUCCUCCACUUCUUUUUGCCAAACAAUGUCAACAUUCAUUGAAGAUGAUGAGGCUGGUACCUCAACCAUGUCCGGAGGUGCCUCGACAAAGGCAUCAGCUGAAGGUGAGGAAGAUGGAGGCGGAGAAUUGCUCGAGUACGAGAGACAAAUGCUAAUUGAUCUGCAUCAUACUGAUGGAUUGGUAAUUUGUGCAAAGGGAAUCCACUACAAUCGCGUGCUAUUGGGGCUCUUGGGGGCACUCUGUGAUCCCGCCAAUCUUGUCAUUGUGAUGAAUUGUUCGGAGAGUGAGGAGAAGUACUAUCGCGGUAAACUCAAUUCGCGCCAUGUGCAUGAAUCAGCCACGAAUGCCAAGGAGAGGGAAAAAGUCUACCUCGAGGGGGGAAUUCAUUUUAUUACGACACGAAUUCUCGUGGUGGAUCUCCUGAAGAAUCGUAUUCCCAUUGAGAUGAUCACGGGAAUUGUGGUGUUGCGAGCUCAUAUGAUCAUUGAGUCGUGUCAGGAGGCUUUUGCCUUGAGAUUGUAUCGUCAGAGGAAUAGGGAGGGUUUUGUUAAGGGAUUUUCAAAUAGUGCUGAAUCUUUUACAUUUGGCUAUGGACAGGUCGAUAGGGUGAUUAAUAAUUUGUAUGUGGAGGAGAUGUUUGUCUGGCCGAGAUUUCAAUCGCUCAUUCAGGCAACACUGAAGAAAUAUGAGCCGGUUAUUGUGGAGUUUCAUGUGCCAAUGAGUCAGAAGAUGACGUCAAUUCAGGCGGAUAUCCUGGAUAUUAUGAAUUAUCUGGUGAAAGAGGUCAAGAGGAUCAAUCCUCAUAUUGAUAUGCAGGAGAUUACCGUUGAAAAUUGCGUUACUAAAAAAUUCCACAAGAUCCUGCAGUUGCAACUUGAUACGGUUUGGCAUCAGUUGAGCCAACAGACAAAGAUGUUGAUAUCUGAUUUGAAAGUCCUGAGAUCUCUAAUGAUCUCUACGAUCUAUCAUGAUUGCAUUUCCCUCUAUGCAACACUGAAAAAAUACAAAUCAGCCGAGUACGUGAUGAAUAGCUCAGGAUGGGGUAUCCUGGAUGCAGCUGAUCACAUGUUUGAGACAGCUAAGAAGAGAGUUUUCAAUGAUAAGGAGGAAUUUGAGCCAGAAUGGGGCGCAAAAUGGAAGAGUCUGUCGGAGAUUCUCAGAGUUGAGAUUCCCAAUGAUAUUAAAUUGAAUGUAGGGCAUAGAAAGAAUAAAUCAGCAGUAGUUUUGAUCCUCUGUCAGGACAAUAAAACCUGCUAUCAACUCAAUCAGUAUCUCUUGCUCGGAGCUGAGCGGUGUCUCUUCCACAUGGCUCUGCAGAAUGAUGUUAAAGUUGUGAAAAUGGCUAAAAACUACCAGGAAAUGAUCGAUAGUAAGAAUAUAAUCCUGGAAAAAGUUAAGCUCCAAGGAACACAGAAACCCGAAGUUGUUGGCGUGAGUGAUCCAGAAGAGUUACAAGGGGAAGUUGAGGAAGAUCCAAUGGAUACUUACCAAGCUUCAUAUACCAUGACAAUGAGCCUGGAAGAAGAUCCGACUGAAGAUCUCGAUGUAAGUACUCAGAUGGAAGUGGGGAAGUUUUCUCAGCUUCCAGCAGCGGAACGAACAACUUCAGUGGCCAAGCCAAUUGUCUGCAUUCAAACAUUCAAGUCUGACACGAAUGAUCCACUGUCGCUGGAGGCGACUCUGCGUGAGCUGGAUCCACAGUAUGUGGUAAUGUUUCACUGCAAUGUGACUGCCAUUCGACAGUUGGAAGUGCACGAGGCGAGGCUGAGGCGUGAGAUUGAGAAUCGCAUGAAGGUGUUUUUCCUGCUGCACGCUCAGACCAUUGAGGAACAGAGCUACCUCACUAAUUUACGUCGAGAAAAGCAGGCAUUUGAACAUCUCAUCGACACCAAAAAGACAAUGGUGAUCCCUAAGAGGCUCAGUGAGCAAGAAGAGCGUGAGAUGGCUCAAGAGGAAUUCAGGGAAGCGACUUCAAUGAGAAACGCUGCCCAAUCCUCUGAAAAGUCGCCACCAUUGAUGAAGAUUGUGACAGAUAUGAGGGAAUUCCGCUCGGAUCUUCCGUGUCUCAUUCACAAAUUGGGCAUUGAGGUGAUCCCAAUUACGCUAACAAUUGGUGAUUAUGUCCUCACGCCGGAAGUUUGUGUCGAGCGGAAGUCAAUCUCUGAUCUAAUUGGAUCCCUCAAUUCUGGAAGAUUGUACAAUCAGUGCACACAAAUGGUCAGGAACUACGCAGUGCCCAUUCUUCUAAUUGAAUUCGACCAGAAUCGACCCUUCUAUCUUCAGGAUCGCUACAUGAUCUCCAACGAUACAGUCUCCAAUUCUGACAUCAAGCAGAAGUUGCAAUUACUCACCCUUCACUUCCCGAAGCUGAGAAUUGUUUGGUCACCGAAUCCAUACGCCACGGCUCAGCUUUUUUAUGAGAUGAAGCAGAAUAAGCUGGAGCCAAAUGAGAAACUGUGCUCAGUGAUUGGAUCGGACAAUCACACGGCAGAAUCCGAGGCUCUGGAGAAGUUCAAUCUGGAAAUCUAUGAUUUCCUUCUCAAACUUCCCGGAGUCACUGAGAAGAAUGUCUUCAAGUUGAUGAAAUCCUUCAAGGACUUCAAGGAGCUGCUGAAGGCCGAUCAGGCUCAGCUCCAGGAAGCCUUGGGGAGUCGAGAGAGUGCUAAAUUGCUCUGGGAUAUUCUUCAUGUUCCACAGAAGCCCAAGAUUGAGACGUCAACGAGCGGGAAGUUUCCUCAUGCGAAAUUCAAAGGAAGGAAGUUUCAGAAGGCAAAACAGUAGGAUUAGGUGCUCGAUCCUUUUUGUACAGUAUUUAUAUUCAUUAAAGAUUUACUUAAAAAUA